AGGGAGACCCCGCUGCCACCUAAGACACAUCAAAGCGCAACCAGCUUGGACGACACCCCAGCGUGGGCACUUUCUCACUCUCCGUCGGCCGGACUGUUGGCGGGCUCCGUCAGGCGUCCUGUGCGGACAGCACCGGCCGCUGCUACUCGGGCCGGCGGUAGGGUCUUGGCCGGGAUUCAGCUCCCGGCUGUUCAGGCAGUCUGCGCAGGCAACCCCGGCCGCUGAGGACCCGGUUGUUCGGAGCCGAGGCAAGAUGGCGGACGUGCUGAGCGUACUGCGUCAGUACAACAUCCAGAAAAAGGAGAUCGUGGUCAAAGGGGACGAGGUCAUUUUCGGCGAGUUUUCUUGGCCCAAGAAUGUGAAGACGAAUUACGUGAUCUGGGGGACAGGGAAGGAAGGUCAGCCAAGGGAGUAUUAUACAUUGGAUUCCAUAUUAUUCCUGCUUAACAAUGUUCAUCUCUCUCAUCCUGUCUAUGUGCGGCGUGCUGCAACUGAAAAUAUUCCUGUGGUGCGAAGACCAGACAGAAAGGAUCUACUUAGCUACUUAAAUGGUGAAACAUCAACAUCUGCAAGCAUAGACAGAAGUGCCCCUCUAGAAAUCGGGUUGCAGCGAUCAACACAAGUUAAAAGGGCAGCUGAAGAAAUAUCAUCAGAAUUAAAGAAACCCAGGAUAGAGGAUGAAGAACGUGUGCGACUUGACAAAGAGCGUUUGGCAGCUCGAUUGGAAGGCCACAAAGAAGGCAUUGUACAGACGGAGCAGAUCAGGUCAUUAUCAGAGGCAAUGUCAGUGGAAAAGAUUGCCGCUAUUAAAGCUAAGAUCAUGGCAAAAAAACGGUCUACUAUUAAGACAGAUCUGGAUGAUGACAUUGCAGCUUUGAAACAAAGAAGUUUUGUAGAUUCUGAAGUAGAUGUAACCAGAGAUAUUGUCAGUAGAGAGAGGGUGUGGCGAACAAGAACUACCAUUCUCCAAAGCACUGGCAAGAACUUUUCCAAGAACAUAUUUGCAAUUUUACAAUCAGUAAAAGCCCGGGAAGAAGGUCGAGCACCAGAACAAAGACCUCCACAAAACAUAAUACCUCCGGACCCAGCUCUAAGAAAUAAACAACCUAUUCCAGCAGCAUACAACAGAUAUGAUCAGGAAAGAUUUGCAAAGAAAGAAGAAACGGAAGGUUUCAAGAUUGAUACAAUGGGCACGUAUCACGGCAUGACCCUGAAGUCUGUGACGGAAGGUGCUUCAGCUAGAAAAGCUCAAACUCCUGCUGUUCAGCCUGUUCCACGACCAGUUUCACAAGCGAGGCCGCCACCAAAUCAAAAGAAGGGCUCUCGAACUCCAAUCAUUAUUAUUCCUGCAGCUACCACUUCUUUAAUUACCAUGCUGAAUGCAAAGGAUCUUUUACAGGACUUAAAGUUUUUUCCAUCAGAAGAGAAGAAAAAACAAGGAUGCCAGCGGGAAAAUGAAAUUUUGAUCCAACGGCGAAAGGACCAAGUACAGCCAGGAGGAGCUGCCAUCAGUGUAACAGUGCCUUAUCGAGUGAUAGACCAACCUCUCAAACUUCUGCCACAAGACUGGGAUCGUGUUGUGGCAGUUUUUGUACAAGGAGCUGCCUGGCAGUUCAAAGGAUGGCCGUGGUUAUUACCUGAUGGUUCCCCUGUGGACAUCUUCGCAAAAAUCAAGGCAUUCCAUCUCAAGUAUGAUGAGAUGCGCCUGGAUCCAAAUGUUCAGAAGUGGGAUGUGACUGUUCUGGAACUGAGCCACCACAAGCGCCACCUUGACAGAGCUGUAUUGCUACGUUUCUGGGAGACUUUGGACAGGUACAUGGUGAAGCACAAAUCCCACCUGAGAUUCUAAAUAAUCUGAAGGUCUCUGAUUGGUGCCAUUCAUUUCUGAGAGGUUGGAGGAGUUCUACAAAAGACUGUCUUGGGACUAAACUGUUUCAUUGGCUUGUCUACGCUUCUCAAGAACAGUGGCGUUACAGUAUGGGUCAACCCAAAUUGACAUUAUACAAUACUUGUUGGAUUUUUUUAUUGCAUUGGAGAAUUGGUCUGCAAGAAUUAGGCAAAGAAUUGUGCUUAUACUACCAGUUUUCCAAUGGUAGAUUGUCUUCUAGUCUGAAAAAUCAAAUUUGUAUUUUAUUCUAUAGUGUUUAUUUUUCAGACAGCACUUUUUUUUAAACAUUACCCAAUCCUUUUUUUCCCACCUCAGUCUUUUAAAGAUGAUUGUUGAGUACAAACUGCAAAUUCUAUAUCAUCACUCUUGUGGGGUGGGAAUUUCUUCAAACAGUUCUUCUCAGGUAGUAUAAGAGGUAAGACAGCCAUAGAUGACAUAGGUUGACUUAUAUUUUGUUUGUGGAAAAUAUUACUACAAAAUUAUACAUGUAAGAACAACUCUCUUGGGCUAUGAUGGAUGUUGAACAAUCAUUUGGUUAUUAUCAACUUAGGCAGAAGAAUAAAGACAUAAAAGAGAUCCGUUAUUACUAUUAUGGAAAGAUUAAUUGAAAGUCCUGAGCUAUAGAGCAUUGUCUAAAAAGAUUAGUAAUAGUGGUCUAACUUUUAAACCUAUCAUCUGUACCUGGCGUUCCAAGCACAAAUGUGAAAACCUGAUAGUAUAUUUCAAGUUAUGUAUUACAAAUUUCUCAGAAGUCCAUCUAGUGCAGACAUAGAAAUGAUUAAAAAUCCAGUUGUGCUGCUUGCUGACAUAAGAUAAAUAUAUUAUGUAAAGUAUCAUUUUGUUGCUGUUUUCAUUACACUUCCAUUAGUGUAUUGAAAGGGUUCACAUCUAUUUCCCUCUUUAAGAAAAGGCAAAGGAUUUUUUCUUUGGGCAGAACCAUCAUUCAUUCAUCCUCUGAAAUACAAGGACUACUUGUAGGGAGCUGAUGACAGUGAGCAUUUUUUAAAAAUUAAUGUCUACGUAGUGCAUUCAAAUUUGAUUUUAUAAGUUAUGGCUCAUUGUGAUUCAUGACAGGAGUAAUGCUGAUGCAAUAUAUUUAUUGAAAUAAUGAUCAUAAAUAAUAAAACACAGCUGAUAAGGGAAUCCAUUGGCUGAGCUGGUAAAUUACCUAAGCGUAUUGUAAAAUACUCUUUGGUGAUAAAAUCACAGCUCAAGGGAGAGCCAAAUAAGCAACUACCUUCCAGGUAAAAUUUAGUAGCUUAUGAGUUGAAAAAUAACAUUUUAGCACAAGUAUCUGAUUUUAGCAUCAGUACCUAUUUAAAGAUUUUUAUAAUGGUGCAGGUACAAAAAUCAUUUGACUUCUUUGUGCCACACUCAGGAUUGCCUUUCUCAUUAGCUGGUUGAACAAAGAAUUAGUUCUACCCAACAACAUCAAGAAUCCUGCUGCUGUAUUUGAAACCCAAUCAAAUAGAUGGAUUUUUGGUUUUAACCACUGGAUAAUCUGAAAUAAUAUGUCAAUAGUACUGAUGCUUGAGGGGAAAAUCACCAGUUGCAAAAGAUAUUUAUUUGGUAUGAAUGAUAUGCUCUAGAAUUUGAAAGUAGCUUUGAUUUAUGGAGUAAUUGUGAAAUUGUUCAAUGUCAAAUGCCAAUCACAGUUCAGUUCAGUGAACAAUAAGCCUGAAUAACCAUUGUCAAUAUGCUGUCUUUUUAGUGGAGCUGAAUGUUACACUGCUCUUACCUAUUGCUGACUAUGUAAUAGACCAAAAAUAUAUCCCACCUACACAUGUUCAAUGAAAAAUUCAGUUUAUAUCCAAACCAUUCUGUUUUUCAAAGAUUGUUUAGAACACAUUAAAAUGUUCCAUUUUAUUAACAUUUGAACACAGCUGUUGCAAGGCAAAAGCAAAUCAAAUUAAAAAUGGAGUUGAAUGACAACGUUCACUUCGGCAUUAAAUUACCAACUAUAAUAUCCUCAUUUUGGCCCCUGUUAAUGCCUUAUUGUUUGGGUGAGCAAUGGCACAGAUGUCACAAGGAAACAGGUGCAAAGUUAGUUUUUUGUGAAAUUGUCGGCCAAAUAUUAUAAGCUUGGGAGAAAAUGUCACAUUGCUGUUUGGAUAAUUUGAGUGCUCUGUUCAACCCUGCAGAAUAAAUAGGUUGAUACUUCCUAGCAUCUCUAGUUAUGAUCAUUUUCACUUAAUUUCCUAAUUCACUUUAUAUUUCAUCAUAAAAUUUUAACAAUUUUCCAAUUUAAAAAUUAGAAAAGUUGACAAAUUUAAUUGCAUAGUUUGUUAUUGACAUUAAUGUUACUUUCAGAUUGCAAAAAUAAUGUAUUGCACCUUAAAGCAUACAAUGAAUUAAAGGUGAUCAGAUAUUCACUGUAUUUAUCAAUAAUCAUUGCACCAUCUAAACCUAUGUAACUACUAUUUACUUAGCAUAAUGUUCUGCCUUUCUGUAAAUCGUCCCUCAGAAAAAAAACAUGCUGUCUUCGUUAUUUAAUAUACCAGCUGUAAUGGUUCUGUUCAAUUAACCUCUUUGGAUUUUAUUAAUGUUUGCAAUAUUAAUUUGUUUGCUUUCACCUGUCUCAUGCAGUAGUUAAAUCAAUGUGAAUGGGCUGUAACAGCAGAUAGUGAAGUGACAGGUCCUGUUCAUUGUGGCAUAUUGUCUCCUUUUCUAGUUUUUAAAUUCAGAAAUUUUGUAUCUAUCUCUGCCUUUUUGGUUUGUACUGAGAGAUACACAACUAAAAUCUAUUUUCACAAGUAGGGUUUUUUUGUACCAAGUGAUACAUGUAGAUAGCACCCAACUCUAUCUUUUUAAUCAGAAAUACAUAAAUCUACCAUUUUAAAGUGGUUUUGGUGCAAUUCUCUAACUGGAACAAUUUUAGCAGUUACUUUAUUGCAGUUGGUGUGUGAUGAAGUCAUACUUGUGCUGUUUGUAGCUCAGCACAAAUUAAAAAUGACCAAAAAUAGAAUCAGUGCACAUUUGCCAUUUUUCUCUCUCGCUCUCUCUCACUCUCCCAUUCACUCAAGUACUCUCUCACACACUUGCCCUCUCACUCAUACACUCUUAUGCUCUUCCUCUCCCGUCACUCAUGCAUUUACACACUGUUCCUGUCCUCUCACUCAUGCACUCACUCUCCCGCUUUCUCUUACACAUUAUUUGGGAAAGAGAAAGGGUUUAAAAGAAAUGGAUUUUUAUUAUAUAAUAAAUGAAAUGGUGAAAGAAACAAAGUUUUUUAAAAUUUGUAUUUAACUUGUGUCUUUUCAUUUGUAAUCUCUUAACUAUUUUGUAGCAAAUUGGUGUUUAACUCUAGACUUCGGUAGUUAAACAUGUGGAUAUCUUUGCCUAAUCACACAUUAUACUCUUUUACAUUAAUAUAUAUUACAGCGACUUUAACUUAAACAUACAUUUACAGUUGGUCUUUAUGUUAUGAGCAUCUGAUAUGGCAGAGCAAUUUAUGGAUACUGCAGAGUUGCUCUAAAUGGGGCACAAGGGAGAUCAAAAUUCUUGAAGGCAGUUACACUAGAGCUGUUGGAGAUGGCUGAGACUAUUUCUUGGCCUUCAGAAGGUACACAGGUAGAUGCAGCAUAUAGAGAGACUGUGAGGAAAGAUAGGCUGUUCUUAAGGCAAAAUUGCAGUUUGUGGGAUGCGUUAAGGUGUGUCUAUUUUAAUGCAAGAAAUUUCAGUGUAUCAGAAAGUGCAUGGGUCAGUUCAUACAACUAUGACAUUGUGCCUUUGCAGAAAUUUGAUUGUCACGAGGGCAGGAGUGGCUGCUGGCUGUUCUAAGAUUUAGAGGGAGGUAAAUGAGGUGGGUGGCGGGUGCCGUUGCUAAUCAGGGAUAGUAUCCCAGCUGCAGAAAGGGAGGAUGCUGUGGUGAGAUUGUCUACUGAGGCAGUGUGGGUGAAAGUCAGAAACAGGAAGGGAGCAAUCACUCUGUUGGGAGUAUUCUACAGGAUUCCCUUUCACAAAUAACAACAGAAGCACAGGAACAGAUCAAGAAGGAAAUUUUGGAAAGACAUAAAAAUAACGGGGUGUUGCCAUGGGUGUUUUCAACUGCCUAAUAUUGAUUGGCACCUCCCUAACAUAAAAGAUGUAUAAAGGGUGGAAUUUGUUAAGUAUGUCCAAGGAAGAUUCCUGAUAAAAUAUGUAAACAAGCUGACUAGAGGAGAGGCCAUAUUGGACAUGGUGCUAGGCAACAAACCAGGUCAGGUGUCAGAUCUCUUGGUGACUGAACAUUAUGGAGCCAGUAACCACAAUUCCCUGACUUUUGACAUAGCCUACCUUUGACAGGGAUAGAAGCAGAUGAUAUGGGAAAGUAUUUAAUUGGGGGAAGAAGGGAAUUAUGAAGCUAUUAGCCAGGAACUUGGGAGUGUAAAUUGGGAUUGCAUAUACUCAGGGAAAUGCACAACAGAAAUGAGGAAAUUGUUUAGGCAGCACUUGCAUGCGGCUCUAGAUAGGUUUUUCCUAUUGAGGCAGGGAAUGGAUGUUAGCGAGUAGGAACAAUGGUUGACAAGAAGAGGCUAAUUUAGAUGGAGAGCAUUCUUCCUGGAGGUAGAUCACCAGUGGUGUCACAUAGAUCUGUUCUUGGAACCUUGCUCUUUAUAACUUUUAUAAAUGAUGUGGAUGAGGUAGUGGACAGGUGGGCUAGUAAGUUUGCAGGUGACACAAAGGUUGGUGGAGUUGUGAAUAGUGUAGAAGGUUGUCAUAGACUACGCCAGGAUGCAGAACUAGGCUGAGACUUGGCAUAUGGAUUUGAACCUGUAAAAGUGUGAAGUGAUUCAUUUUGGAAGGUUGAAUUUGAAGGCAGAAUUCCUAACAAUGUGGAGAAGCAGAGGGAUCUUGGGACCUAUGUCCAUACAUCAUUCAAAGCUGCUGUGCAACUGGAUAGGGUUGUUAAGAAGGCAUAUAUUGUGGUUGGUCUUCGUUAGUUGGGGGUUUGGGUUCAAGAGCCCUGAGUUAAUGUUAAUGUCUGGAAUAGUGUAUUCAGUUCUGCUUUCUUCAUUUGGGAAGGAUGCUUAAGCUUUAGAGAGUGUGCAGAGGAGAUUUAUCACAAUGCUGUCUGUAGUGGAGGUGACUUGAUUGUGGUGUACAAGAUUGAUAAGAGUCAUAGAUCAACCAGAGACUUUUUCCAAUGGCUAAUAUGAGGGGGCAUAAUUUUAAGGUGGUUGAAAGUAAGUAUUGAGGGUUUUUUUUCCAUAGAGAGUGGGUGAUUGUGUGGAAUGCCCUGCCAGGGGUGGUAGUAGAGACAGAUACAUUAAGGACAUUUAAGAAACUCUUAGAUAGGCACAAGGAUGAUAGAAAAGUGGAGGGCUAUGUAGGAGGGAAGGGUUAGUUGGUUAAAAGGUUGACCAGUAUUGUGGGCUGAAUGGCCUGUACUAUGCUAUAAUGUUCUAUGUGGAACACGACACAAGUAAAUCAUAUUGAAUAUUGAAAUAUAAGCUGUUAUUAGUAGUAUGAAUUUAAAACAGACAUAUCAUAUUCCUCCCUUACCUGAACAGUGACUUACAAGUCCUGCCUCCUCAAUAAAGGUGUUGUAUCCAAUUUUUGAUAAACUAUAAUGUAAUGCUACUCUUCACUUAAUGCUACUAGAAACAUCCCUACUGUUUAUAUGUUAAUCAUAGUGAUUGCUGUGAAGAUUUUUUUUUAUUUACUUGCAUUCUGAGCAUGAUGCAUAACGGUAAUGGUAGGAAUAUGAAUAAUCUGAUUAGAUAGCACCAGAAAAAGGAAAUUUCUAAUCUUUCUUUAACCGAUUAUAUUUCAAAAGUCAAGAUUGUUUAUUGUCAAUUCCAGUACACAAGUGUAAAGGAGAAUGAAAUAAUUGUUACUCUGGAUCCAAUGCAGCACAAGAAAAAUGCACAGUAAGAUAAGGAACACAAUGAUUUAAAAAACAAUAAAUAUAAUGGCUUAUAUACAUUGAUUGUAUGUACAUAAAAUGAUGCAAGGUACAGUAGUGUCUAUGUAAGGUGACUGAUGGGAAAUGAUAAAGUAGUAGUGGUUUGGGGGGGUGGAGGGGUGGGUUAAUGGUUGGAGGUGUUGAUUAACCCUACUGCCUAGGGAAAGUAACUGUUUUUGAGUCUUCUUGUCCUGGUUUGGAUGCUUCGUUGAUGUGAGUGGGAAAAACAGUCCAUGAGCAGAGUGGGUGGGAUCUUUCAUGAUAUUGCUGACCAUUUUCUGGCACCUUUCUGUAUAUGUGUCCUUGAUGUUGGGUAGGCUGGAGAUGAAUUGGCAGUUUUAACUACCCCUUAUAGAGCCCUCCUGCCCACAGCAGUGCAGUUUCUGUAAUAUGUAGUGAUGCAGCAAGUUAGGAUGUCCUGUACUUUGCAUUGGUAGAAGGUUGUGCAUAGUCCAGCUCUCUUCAACCUUCUUGGAAGUAGAGGCAUUGGUGAGCUUUCUUGAUUUUGUACAAUGUGUCUGGGACCAUGAGAGGUUGUACUCCCAGGAGAUUGAAACUGCUUGCAGUUUCCAUUUCCGUGCCACCGUUGUGAAGAGGGGUGUGAAUGAUACAAAUUCUCCUGAAGUCAGUAACCAUCUCUUUUGUCUUUCUGACAAUGAGAAAGGCGUUAUCUGUCUGGCACCAAGCCUUAAGCUCGUCCGUCUUCUCUCUGUAAGUCCAUAUAUGAUUGGGAUCCCUUGUAUUCUCACAGCUGAGGCUUCUUAUUCUGACAAACUUGGGCACCUCAGCAGACUUCUUGCUUUCCUUCUGAACAUCACACACACAUGGGGUGAGCAAGUUAUUAUUUUAAAUGACACAGAGAUCAAGUAAAUACUCUUAUUACUGAAUACUCCUAAAAUUACAAAUAGAACGUUUCUUUAAUUGAAUAAUCACAAUUGAAUUAGGAAAUGUGUGUAGGGAACAUUAGUUGACACUAUAACCCUGAGGUUGUGGGUUUCAAUAAAUUUCAGAAGCUAUUAUAAGCAAAAAGAUGCAAAAAGAUCAACCAGUAAUUUCAGCUACUGCCUUUUUGCCUGAGCUUGGCCUGCAGGCUAUUCAGCAGCUCUCUGCCCAUGAGAUCUCACUUUGCAGAUUAAGACAUUUUAGAAUUCUGUUUAUCUAGCUGCCUUGGGAAAUUGCAGUCAUCGUAUUUCUAAUAAGUACUGAGCAUUUUGUGUAAACAUGGAUUUUUCUAAGCCACAUUGCUGCAGCAUGCCCGCCUUAAAUGUUUUGCCCAUCUCUUAAAAUGCAAGUUGACGUGCAAAGAUAUAUUCCCUGUUAUAAGUACUGUGAAAUUUUGUCUGCUAGUAAGUAAUUGAUAAAAGGCAGCAGAGGAGAUGAGAUUACUAUGUUUGGUAAUCCUUUAUCUAUACCUGAACCUUUUCUAUUCAAUCUGUACUAGAUUAAUUAAAUUGUUUAUUUGGAG